AUGGCUUUUGGGUUGCCAAAGGAAGCGAUGGAGGCUCUCGAGCCAACUAUAUGUGGCGACAAGUUAGGUGUCCUCAUUAUGGAAGUAGCUAAAAACUUUGCUCUGUUCAUAGGGAUGGUGAUUGCAUGCAAUGUUUUACAUUUUCUACUGAGGCCUUUUUCGCAACCUCGCAUUACUUCAGAUAUAAUUGUAGGACUAAUCAUGGGCAACAUAAAAUUUGUGCGUAAAUUGUUUGAGAGAUUCAACAGAACGUUUGGAUUUAUCAUUGAUUUUGGUAUGAUUUGUUACAUGUUUGCAUUGGGGAUAGAAAUGGAUCCUUAUGUAAUAUUUGAAAGACCACAUAGGCAUACUAAAGUUGCUUUUGCUGGGGUUAUAUGUACGUUCAUCGUGGCAGGUAUUUUAACACCAAUGUUUGAAUACUUCCCAAGUGAACAUAAACUACUAGGUUUCACCAUUUGCCUCUCUACUAUGCUUUCUAGCACAGACUCACCUGUUCUUACCCGUUUAAUAACUCAGAUGAAAAUAGGCAAAUCUGAUAUUGGGAAGCUAGUAAUUGCAGCAGGGGUGCACUCAGAUUUUCUGUGCUACUUGUUCCUUACAAUUGGCUACAUAGUCUUGCCAUUGCCUCAAUUUUGUCAAAACUUGCAAGGGAAGAUUGUCUUAAAGAAAAUACUUAUAACUACAUUUAUAAUUGCAGGGGAAGUACUUGUCACUGCCUUGGUUUCACCAUUCAUUUUGAAUUGGGUUAACAAUGAAAACCCUGAAGGUAGACCCAUGAAAGGUCAACACUUGGUGCUCUCAAUUGCCUUCAUGGUCUUAAUGUGUGCCUCCUCCACUUUGUAUAAUUAUAGCCCAAUUUUAAGUGCUUUUUUAGUGGGCCUUUAUAUUCCCCGGGAGGGUAGACUUUCCAAAUGGGUUAUAACUAAAAUCAACUAUAUGUUGUCCACCAUUUUCUUUCCCAUCUUUUUCUUGUGGAUGGGGUAUGAAGCCAAUUUUAAACGGUUUGAGGUGCAUGAUUUUGACACAUGGGUAAGGUUACUUAUACUCUUGGCAGUGUUAAUAGUUGGAAAAGUUGCUGGAACAGUUGUCUCUGGUGCAAUGCUGGGCAUUCACUGGCCUGAAUCAGUUGCAAUAGGAUUGCUUCUCAUGACUAAAGGCCAUUUACAUAUCUACUUAGCUGUCAAAGUGAUAGGUUGUGGUGGUACAAGUCUUUCCACUGGCAUUGUGAUGAUAAUCGUAAUCUUCUUAACAGUAGUGCCUACUCCAACAGUUGUGACACACAUCAUAAGACGUGCUAAGAGAAGGGCACCUACUCAUCGUUUGGCUCUUCAAUUGCUUGAUCCCACAAGUGAGUUAAGGAUCCUUUUGUGUGUUCAUGGACCUCAAAAUGUACCUGCUUCCAUCAACUUGGUGGAGAUUACAAAAGGCAUAGCUGACUCGGGCAUUUUGGUGUAUGUAACUGACAUGAUUGAGCUUACUCAAGAAAUAUCCGCCACAUUAGAGAGGGAUGAAGGGAUGCAAACAGCAACUGUGAAGGACAAAGAAGUCAUGGAUAUGAGAGACCAAGUUACUAACUCAUUCCAAGCCUAUGUGGUCGAGAAUGGUGAUGGUAUUACACUCAAAAGAACCAUGGUACUCUCAACAAUCAAUGACAUGCCACAAGAUAUAUGUGUCAUAGCAGAGGACUUGAUGAUUGCCCUCAUCAUACUACCAUUCCAUAGGAGCCAGCGUCAAGACGGAACUUUGGAUGGUGGUAAUCCAGGGUUCAGAUACGUCAACAGAAAGGUAUUGAGAAGUGCUCCUUGUUCUGUGGGGAUCCUAGUAGACAGAGGACUUGGAUCAUUUGAACAGCUAUCAAGAUGUCAAGUGCCACUAAAUGUGGCAGUCAUAUUCAUUGGAGGAAAAGAUGAUAGGGAAGCACUUGCCUAUGCUGGUCGUGUGUCACGGCAUCCGGGAGUUAAGCUCACAGUAAUAAGAUUCCUAGUAGAUAACAGUGCAGAAUCCUCUAGAUUAGUUGGAUACAGGAUCAUCCUUCCAGAGCAGGAGAAGGAGAUGCAGUUGGAUGAUGAAUGCUUUGCACAGUUCUAUGAAAGGCAUGUGAUUGGAGGCCGGAUUUCUUAUCAAGAGAAGCAUCUUGCAAAUGCUGCUGAGACCUUUUCCACUCUCAGAUCAUUUGAAGGACAUUACUCACUUGUCAUUGUUGGAAGAGAAGGAGGAGUCAAUUCUAUUUUGACAAGGGGCAUGAAUGAUUGGGAACAAUGCCCAGAAUUAGGACCAAUAGGGGAUGUUCUUUCAGGACCAGACUUCUCAAUGACUGUUUCUGUUUUGAUUAUCCAACAACAUAGAAUUAAAGGAGAAAUAGAUGGGUUGGAUGAAGACUUCUCUGUCAUAUAA